AGCGGCUGCGCCGGGCGCAGCAGGAAGGCGGCGGCUGAGGCGGCUCGGGGGCCUGGACGGCGGCGCGGCCAUGAGCUCGGCCAGGGAGUCCCAGGCGCAGCACGGCCUCAAGCGGGCGGCCUCCCCCGAUGGCUCGAGCAGCUGGGAGGCGGCGGACCUGGGCAACGAGGAGCGCAAGCAGAAGUUCCUGCGGCUCAUGGGAGCGGCCAAGAAAGAACAUACUGGCCGCCUUGUUAUUGGAGACCACAGAUCAACCUCUCACUUCAGGACAGGGGAAGAAGACAAGAAAAUGAAUGAAGAACUAGAGUCUCAGUACCAGCAAAGCAUGGACAGCACGAUGUCUGGGCGGAACCGGCGCCACUGCGGACUCGGUUUCAAUGAGUUUCAGGAUGGUGAUGAACAAGAAGAAGGAGUUGGAGACUCCUCUGACCAUGAGAGUUCAGAGGAUUCUGAAAGUGGCUCWGAGUCUGAGCAAGAGGAAUCUGCAGAAGAGCUACACACUGCUCAGAAACAUGAGGAAGCUGAGGUUCCAGAAAACAAAAAAGAAGCAAAAAGCAAUUACAAAAUGAUGUUUGUUAAAGCCAGUGGUUCAUAACUGCAGAUGUAACAGCUUUGUAUUGAAAGUACAGUAAGCCUUAUGGUUACAGUGCAAAGUGGAGGACUGCUACAGCACAAAUCUUUGUAUUAUGAUUUUAAGAAGACCCCGUUAGAUGACAAUAAGUAGUAUUUGCUUUCAGUUGCCAUGGAUAACGUUUUUAUGGGCACAGUGGUAUUCCUGUUUUUGUAAAGUGUAUAAAGUACUGGAUGAAGAAAUAAAUUCUUUUUGUUUCUGCCCUAUCUCUGAUGUUAUCUAAACAGUCUCUACCCUUGUUCCACGUCAGAUCUUGUUAGUGGUUUCUUUUAAGGAAUAGCCUAGUCUUGAAAUUUAAAUAUAAUWUUACAUGUUAAGUACUGGAUGUUUACUGUUGAUGAUUGGAUGAUUAGUUAUAAACCAAUAUCACUCUAUUCUGUGUUGUACUGUAGUUUUAAGCAGUGAUUCUGUUUCUAGCUGCUCAUCUUGACAGGGUUAACAACAGCAAUCACUCAGCUGGUGAUGAUAUUGCUGUGUUCAUCUGAAGACCUAUAGCAGUUGUAGGGUAAGGUUUUAGGAGAUUUUAGAAAUACGUUAAUACAGCAAAAGACACUAGUUGCUGCUUCGAGUUYGUUGAAGUACUAACAAGGAACUGUACAUUGAGCAUAAGCUGUAGCUCUAAAUAUUUCUCACUAGAAAAGAGUCAUUUUCUUCAAAUUACUAGCUUGAAGACUGGCUUGAAGUUUGCCGCGUUAGGUUGAUUUUAAUAAUUCCUCCUGAAAAAAUUAGUUUUCUUGGACAGAAAAAUAUACUUUAAUAAAUAAUCUAGCUUUUUAAAAGUAAGAUAGAAUUAAGUAUGUAAGUCCUCCUUUC